GAUACUUAGUCACAAAAAUAAAACUUGUCUGUGAUCAUAUUGCGCGUUGUCAUGUCAUUUAUAUUGUUCUUUUUCGACAAUGGACGUUUCAGUGCAGACGUGUAAUGGGCCUAACAUUGUAAAUCGUUCGUACGAGGAAUCAUAUCAGCCAUUGAACAAUCUGAUCAAUUCUUCGUUGACGUUACAAUUUGGGAACAAAUCAAACUGCGAUUCAGAUGCAUUGGAAGCUGUUAAAUUAGACCCCGCUGUUUUAGAAGCGCAAAUAACUGUUGAUACAGUAAAUAAUAAAAAAGAGUCCUUGGCCCACAAAGAUGAUCAGUCACAGCGGCAAACUAGUUUCGAAAAAGUAGUAUCGAUGCAGGAAGCCGCCCUUCUUUCUUUGGAGCCUGAGCAAUUUGAAUUCUUGAUGAAGUACGCUGACGCUUUACGUAGAAAGAGAUUGUCUUUCCAGAAGUCUAUGGAGUGUGCGUUUUGUAAGAAUAAUGGCGAAUCGUUAUCGUGGUACUCGUCGCAUGCUCUAAAGGACGACAGAGGUCGUGUGCGGUGCCCUGUGUUGCGAGGGUUCCGAUGUCCUCGCUGCGGAGCGACUGGUGACCGCGCUCACACCAUCAAAUACUGCCCGGAGAAUGAAACAGACAUUUGACCGCAGAUAGCGUUCUUUAGAGCUCUCUCGUCCCCACGUGUACGACUAUCUAAUGUUAAACAUCCAGUGUAUUUAGAAGUUAUUGUCUCUUUACACGUAAUGUCGACACGAGUAUGAGCCAUGUAAAAACCUUCUAGAAAUAGUAACGUAAUUGUUACCUACAACUUUUAUGACUUUAAUAAAGCUUUUUAAAAAAAA